AUGGCAGAUCCACAGAGAAACAAUACCCAUAACCAAACAAGCCGUUUACAGAAACGAGCUCCAUCUUCCUUACAAAUCAACCGCUCCCUCGAUUGGAACGUCGCCAUCCCCCUCCUCUCUCCGUUAGCAUCUUCUCCGCCACCGCAACCGUCUCACGAUCCAUCGCAGCGCCAUCAAGGACCCACCGCCGAGCCGGAGAAGGUCGUUGUCACUUUCAAAAACUGGCAGCACCCGGCAGCGCCUUUCUGCUACGAGCCAGCUCCGAUGGCGCCGCCGUUUGUUCCGGUAUAG